AUGAAAUCCAAGAUGAAACGGUUUCGAAAGAGUUCAGUAGACGAACAGAUACAGUUUGCAAUGGCACGUAAUAGUUGCAGAAUGGGGAUGACGACUCUAUUGAUUGUAUACUUGUGUCUACUUGUGUCGAUAUGGAAACAAGUCGAUGCAAAGUAUAAUCGAGUAAGAAAGAGCUGGAGUGUUUAUACUCCUGAUGAAAAGGUGUUGUAUCUACGUGCAGUCAAGAAAUCCAUGACAUUAGGAUAUCAUUUGUUAUUUACACAAAUUUACAUGGAUCCAAAUAGUCUUCAGUACGUUGUUGGAACAUGUGGUGCGCCAGCAUGGUAUCGUAAAUUUCUACUCGGGUAUGAAACCAUGUUACGCUCCUUGGACACGACAUUCAAGGACUUGACCGUACCAUACUGGGAUAUCUUUGAUGAUUCAGCCAAACGCAUUUCAACGUACACUCCUUGCAACGGUAUUGAAGGAUGUUCACCAAUUUUGCAAGAUUUUGGAGGAUGUCAAGGCCGUGAACUCAUACCAGGCACUUAUGUCGUAAAUGGUGAGGUGAUCCCAAGUGGAAAUUGUGCAAACGCUAGUAUUGCUGCGUACGCCUGUACUAAUCGCAACAUGUGCGAAAAGUGUCUUCCACGAGGAGAUUGGGGCAUUGGAGACUCAUCGUUAGAGUUUGGACCAACUACGUUUGUAGAGUUGAUACGUCAUGCUGCUCGUCAUGUCAAGAGCUCAAGUCGCCCCAAUUUGGUAGCCAUGGAUACGUUGCGCAAGGAAAUUCAAAGUUCCGUGCAACUUACGCUGCACAGUCUUUUGGGAGGGGUGUACGAGACUCGAGCUGCUGCUUUUGAUCCAAUUUUCUUCAGUCACUACGCAACACUUGACAUGAUGUACCAGUUUGUCCAGAGCUGUAACCAGAGCAUUGCCUUGACUGGCUUUUGUCAAGGCAAUGAUGGUUUUCAAGUCUCUUCAACGGCUACGAUUCCCAUGACAAUCAAGAACAUACCUGUUGAAAGACAUGCUGAUCUUGGUGUGUUUUUCGAGGCAAUGGGCACAAGUUUUAAAAGUAUGGACACUUAUGCUGUCGAGUAUGAAAUUGAUCUGUUUCUUCAGAAUAUGCUUAAGCAGUAUUCGCUACAGUGCGACGCCGAUACGAGCGCUCCUGGUGCGAUCUCAUACGCUACUGUAAAAGAGACGUUUAAGGAUGCCGCUGCGAUCCACACUUUUGUAAACAACUUGGCCGCUUGUGAGAAGACUUCAACGGUAAAAGGGACCACCACGACAGAAACAUCGGCUGCUUUUAUUUCUUGUCAGCUACUUUCUUCACUUCAGAAUGGCGUGUUUACGAAUUUCAGCACACCCGUGCGUGAAUUUUUUGGUGUAGGUCAGGAUGAUUUGCCCAAGUGUGUGAAGGCGCUUGCAGCCGUGACAAGUGCUGAAGUUACUCUCAUUCCGUCCAAGAGUUGCCAAAAAGCGAUUCAUCAGGACACUAGUCUUAAUAUGGCGACGGAUUUCAACUCGAUCGUUGAUGGAUUUGCAAUUGUAACGAGAGGCGCUCAAGAUGGAGCCGUGCGGUAUAUGGAACCAAUUCAAUAG